AUGGUCUCCGUAUACAAGAGGCUCUCUACCGUCACUCGUAUCAAGUCUGGUGCCGAGGAUGGCUCCCCAAAAGCCAAACCAAUGAAUGCGCAGAGAGUCCUGUUGCUGUCUUCGCGGGGCAUCAACGCACGUCACCGACAUCUCAUCAACGAUCUCGCUGCCCUCCUUCCUCACUCCCGCAGAGAGUCUAAAUUCGAUUCCAAGAAGAACCUUCACGAUCUGAACGAGCUCGCCGACCUAUACAACUGCAACAAUUUGCUCUUUCUAGAGGCUCGAAAGCAGCAGGAUCUCUACAUGCACAUUUCCAAAGCCCCCAACGGACCCCGAGCUCGAUUCCAUGUCCAGAACUUACACACCAUGUCCGAACUCAACUUUAUGGGAAAUACCUUGAAGGGGUCGAGACCAAUACUGUCCUUCGACACCGCAUUCAAUGGCGAGCCUUACCUUCGUCUCCUCCACGAGCUCCUGACCCACACAUUCGGCGUACCACCCACUGCGAGGAAAGCCAAGCCUUUCAUCGACAGAGUGCUAGCCUUCAUUGUGGCUGACGACCGCAUCUGGGUACGCCACUAUCAGAUCGCCAAAGAGGAAGACGAUGCGACCAAGGACGAGAAGCUAUCUCUCCGUGAAAUUGGCCCUCGUUUCUGUUUGAAGCCCAUCUACAUCCAGGAGGGGUCAUUCGGCGGUCCGAUCAUCUAUGAAAAUAAGCAGUUCGUUUCACCCAACCAGGUCCGGGCAGAUCUCCGGAGACGCGACUAA